AUGUUCCCGACGUCUUCUUCGACUCCUGCCGCCCAUGAUUCGUUGCGGCCGGAUCUCCCUGAAGCGACACCCUGGGUAGACACUGGCGUCAAGGGAUUACAUCGACGUGAUGGCUAUAACGAUUCUUAUACUGGGAGUAUCGUCUCUGCAACUGGGAGUGCCGCUUACCCAGCGACCACCACAUACACGGAAUGGGCAAGUGCCAGCGUAUGUGGUUUCGUUGAUGGAAUUCUAGACUAUUCCUCCGAGAUUGCAUGCUACGGCUACACACAAUGCGUCUUCCACACAGCGGACGUCAACUAUCCCGCCAUGGUAGGCUGCUGCAACAAUGCCUAUUCCGAAGAAUGCCUAUUCGAGACGACCUGCUACGACAGCGAACAACUCGCCGCAACUCCCACUCUGACUGAUUCGGCGGGUGUAUUCGCGAUCUUCUGCACGAAGUCUACGGCCGCAUCUUGCGUUGAGUGGACCUACCCCGAGCUAUCCAUUACGGACUUCGGGUGCUCCAGUAUUCACACCACCCAGACUUUAUACUUGACGGCCCAUCCAUACUCGAACAACAUUCCAGACAGUAAGAGUCUCAGCUACAUUAGCGGGAUUCCUACAGUGGCAUCUGUAUACGGAUCAGUGGUGAACGAUAACUUCAUCUCAGACUACAUCAACAGUGCUGUCGGGCCCGCCACGGGUUCAGUGAAUCGGAACGUGCCAACAUCCACUGGCGCUUCAUCAGGUGCUGCCUCUGGCGCAACAGGAUCGUCAGCGGCAUCUGGCUCAGGAUCAACUGCACACCAUUCAUCCAACACUGCUGCGAUCGCUGGAGGGGUGGUAGGUGGAGUAGUGGGCUUGGCUGGCAUCGGAGCAGCCAUCUUCAUGUUCUUCUUGAUGCGAAAGAAGAAGCAGAAUCAACAACCUGCAUACGAACCAGCCCCUACUGGUGGCAGUGCUAUGGCCUCACCACCACCUCCGCCCUCUGCUCCUUCCUCUGCCCCUCCUAUGAGCGAUCUGCCCUCGCCGUCCGAAGUCAGUGGGGCCUCCUACCACAAAUACGCAGCCGUCGAUGCAUACCAAGCAGAUCAAAAGUUCCAAGCCGCUCCUCUACCACACGAGUUGGCUCCUCUACCUCACGAGAUGGAUGCCCGAAGCUUUGCUGCCGAGCUUCCCGUUCCAUCCAACGAUGCACGGCCUCUUUCAUACGUUGAAACACCAGUACAUUAUACAUCGGGUCAUAGGUAUUAA